AAUCUGCGCGUGCGCCGGAGCCGUGCUCCGUGCGGCCCGACGUAAGCCGUUCUCGUUUGCGAUUGGGUAGAAACCCCGGAGGCGUUUCGCUGCCAUUGGCUGGCACCCGGCUUGGGGCGGGACCCGAGCGGCGGUUGUGGGCGGGACCCACCGCGGCUCUUCAGCCAAUGAGCGCCGCCGGGAGGCGAGUUUGAAUCAACGGCCCGGGACGGGCGGCGGUGGCGGCGCAGAGCGGAGCCAUGAGGAAGAGUGAGGUGCUGGCGGCCGAGGCCGUGUCGUGCCUGAACCGCGCCCUGGCGGCGCUGCGGAACAUCUGGGAGGAGAUCGGCAUCCCCGAGGAGCUGCGGCUGGAGCGCACCGGGGCGGUGAAGAAGCACAUCAAGAACCUCCUGGACAUGAUGGUGGCGGAGGAGGAGCACCUGAAGGAGCAGCUGCUGAAGAGCGUCGCCGUGUACCGGAAAGAGCUCGACGGCCUCUGCAGCGAGCUGCAGCUGGAGCCCUUCGAGACAGAGGAGGGGAGCACCAUUCUGCAGAUGGUGAAGGAUUUACAUACCCGCGUGGAAGUGAUGUUGAAGCAGAAAAGGGAUAGGAAGCAGGAACUGAAGGCUCUGCAGGAACAAGAUAAGAACCUGUGUGACAUCCUCUGCGUGUCCCUCUUCAGCAUUGAUGGUGCUGCCGUGCCCAGCCUGGAGGAGCUGGACCGCUACCGACGCCACGUGGCCUCCCUCAGCGCCGAGAAGGUGCGAAGGCAGGAAGAAUUUGCCAGCAUCAAGCGGCAGGUCAUCCUCUGCAUGGAGGAGCUGGAGCACAGCCCGGACACCAGCUUCGAGCGGGACGUGGUGUGCGAGGACGAGGAGGCCUUCUGCUUGUCCACGGACAACAUUGCUAACCUCCAGAACCUGCUGCAGCAGCUGGAAGCGCGGCGGGCCCUGAAUGAAGCCAUGUGUGCAGAGCUGCGCUCCAGGAUCACUGAGCUUUGGGAAAGGCUGCAGGUUCCUGAGGAGGAGAGGGAGUCUUUUGCAGUGCACAUGACUGGAUCCAAAGCCAAAACCAGGGAAGCUCUGCAGCUGGAAGUAGACCGUCUGGAGGAGCUGAAGCUGCAGAACAUGAAGUCAGUGGUUCAGGCAAUCCGCGCAGAGCUGACUGAAUACUGGGACAAAUGCUUCUACAGCCAGGAGCAGAGGGAUGCCUUCAGUCCCUAUUACGAUGAGGACUAUACAGAGGCCCUGCUCCAGCUCCACGAUACUGAGGUGGGGAAGGUGAAAAGCUACUACAAAACACACAAGGAGCUGUUUGAAGCUGUUCAGAAAUGGGAGGAAAACUGGAAGAUGUUUCUGGAGCUGGAGAGGAAAACAGCUGACCCCAGCCGCUUCUCCAAUCGCGGGGGGAGCCUGCUGAAAGAAGAGAAGCAGCGAGCAAAACUGCAGAAAACUCUUUCCAAGCUGCAGGAGGAGCUGCAGAGCAGGAUCCAGGCCUGGGAGCAGGAGCGUGAGGAGCCUUUCCUGGUGAAGGGACAGCAGUUCAUGGAGUAUGUGACAGAGCAGUGGCAGCUGUAUCGCAUGGAGAAAGAGAAGGAGAAACAGGAGCGGCACCUGAAGAAAAGCCGCCAGAUUGAGACAGAGAUGAUGUAUGGGAGCACCCCAAGGACUCCUAUCAAGCGUCGAGUGCUUGGCCCCCAUACACCUGGCAAAGUAAGGAAGCUCAACGGCACUUCCCUCUCCACUGCCACUCCUAACAGCACCAUUCGUUCAGCUUUCGGGGCAACUCUCUUCCAUUCACCAACAUCUCGGCUGCCACCCUCUGGAGGGAAGCUCGGCCAGGCUUGGACCCCCAGCCGCGCAGCUGCGAAGCCCCCCCGGCCCGGACACAGGGAGCGGAACAAGGAGAACCUGUCACAGCUGAACGGAACCACCCUGAGCGGUGGGUGCAGCCCCGCAGCCCCUGCCCAGCGUAACUACAGCGUUAAUUCUGUUGCCAGCACCUAUUCUGAGUUUGCGCGUGAACUCUCAAAGGCCUCCAGGUGUGAUACCAGCUCCCGCAUCCUCAACUCCACCACCACCAACGCCUACUGCUGAGGUGCUGCCACGGGCUCCAGCUCUCUGUAGUCGUAGUGAGUCGCUCUUCUGGCAGCUCUUGGCCCCAGGGGCCACUGCUCUCGGUUUAACUUCUAGCGAGCUCCCAGGUGAGCCUGGCUCUGCGCAGCGGGGGGGGUGUUCCCCCCUUGCGAGGUCAGUGCCUGAAUGGGACGCUUUUAAGAUGCUGUUUUUAUUUGGGGAACGCUUGCAAAUGUUUGUGAUUAAAGAUUUAAGAUUUAAAGACAGUCUGGGGAUAGUGCAGCAGUGGGUGCUGCAGCCCAGCAGUGUGGUGGUGCGAGGGCACAGAGCUCUGCCUUCCUGAGUGUGUGCUGGGACAGACAGGACCAAGCACAGAGAACUUUUUCUCCCCCCCAGUUCCUGUAGCUAUUGUGUCCUAGGGCCUUUCUCUGUCACCAUCACAGCAGCUGUGCUUCAGCCAGGGCUCACUUUAGCUGAAGUUCCUCCAGCAGCCACACUGGGCUGCAGCCUGGCCUCAGCAAAUCAUCUCUCCUAGGAGGGCAGCAUGGGCAUGCGUGUCCUGCAGGUGCCCUGUGCUCCUGGAGCUCAGGACACUGCUUCCCCUGCAUCCUCUGCCCCUCCUGAAGCACGCAGAGGACAGGGCUGGAGGUGGGAUCAAGUCCAGCAGCCUCCAGUCCUGCCCCUUCCCCUUCUCCUUCUCUGCUCCAGCUGCACUCGGUGGUAAAACGUGCUGGUGGUGGCAGUUUGCACCUUUAGUCAUGAUCCGAGCUUCGUUAAUAAUUUGCACCUUGUUAUCACUACAGGCCCCCCCCCCCCCCCGCCCCUUGCUGUUACUUAAUCCCCCAGUUCUGUCUCCUUACUCUGUAACUGUAUAUACCGGUGGUAGGAAUAAUGCAUAUCUGUACAUAUAGCCACUGCUGUUCGUGUGUUUGUUGGGAUGACCAAAGUCUCUGUUCUCAGAGCUGGGGGGGCAGGGUCAGGGCUGGGCAUUUCCCCCUCCCCUGUUGUCCCCCUAGGGACGGGGACAGACAGGAGCCAUCCUUUGUAAGCAACAUGAAGCACUACUGCAGCUGUUACAAAAAAAUAAGAUUUAAUAAAUACA